CUCCCGGGUGGUGGAGAUCCAGUCGCAGAUGUCGGAGCGGGCCGUGGAGCUGCUGGGACUGCCCCAGGACCGGCCGUGCCUCCUCCUGGACGUCGGCUGCGGCUCUGGGCUGAGCGGGGACUACAUCUCCGAGGAGGGUCACUACUGGAUUGGCAUGGACAUCAGUGCUGCCAUGCUCGACGUGGCUGUGGAGAGGGAGGUGGAAGGAGACCUUCUCCUUGCAGACGUGGGUGAUGGCAUUCCCUUCAGGCCUGGCAUGUUUGACGGCUGCAUCAGUAUUUCUGCAGUGCAAUGGCUUUGUAAUGCUGAUAAGAAAUCACACAGCCCUCCAAAACGCCUUUAUCGAUUCUUCUCAACUCUUUACACUGCCCUGGCCCGAGGAUCCCGAGCUGUCCUGCAGCUGUACCCUGAGAACUCAGAACAGCUGGAGCUCAUUACUGCCCAAGCCAUGAGAGCUGGCUUUACCGGGGGAAUGGUGGUAGAUUACCCAAACAGCACCAAAGCCAAGAAGUUCUUCCUUUGUCUCUUCGUUGGGACGUCUGGCACAUUACCAAAGGGCCUUGGUACCGAGUGUGCUGAUGGAGAAGAGAUGCACCAGGCAAAGUUCACCAAUGAGAGGACACGGUUCAGAAAUGCCAAGGGCAAGUCUGUGAAGAAAAGCCGGGACUGGAUCCUUGAGAAGAAGGAACGUAGACGACGACAGGGCAAGGAAGUGCGAGCAGACACAAAGUACACGGGUCGGAAGCGUCGCCCUCGCUUCUGAAUUGCUUUGGACACUGCUGCUGUGGAAUAUAGCGUGUUGAUGCCUCCAGCAAGCCUCCCGUGGAUGGCACAGGUGGACACUUCAGGCCUGGGA